UAUAUUAGUUCACACAAACACUCCAUCCAUGCUUUUGUUCCGGCCCUCCGGUCCAGUUUAAGAACCCAUUGUGGCCCUCGAGUCAAAAAGUUUGCCCACCCCUGACCCAGAAGGUUUUUUCAUGCUCCCUCCUAGUCAUUAUCCUUCCUCACCUCUAAAGGAUUCUGAAGAGAAGUGCCUGUUGGUUUGAGAGCAUCUCCUCUGGUACCUUUGGACUACUAAUCAAUUUAAUAUACAGAAGCAGAUACAGUAAAACCUCAAUAUAAUGGACUGAUUCGGAUUCUAGAAGCUUUAGUUUUUGGAAAAAGCAAGUGUUUGAGAGAUUCUGAUGGACUUUCCUGGCAGCUAGAGGAGGGAGCAGAAAAAUGUAUACCUUUGCUGAAUCCAGAGAUUGCUACCUGUAGGACUGUGUAGAAGCAACCUCUAAGAUGAUCCAGUAAAAUGGAUGGAUAGAAUGACAGAAGAUGCUCUUCGCCUGAAUUUAUUGAAACGGAGCUUGGACCCAGCAGAUGAGCGAGAUGAUGUCCUGGCCAAGCGACUCAAAAUGGAGGGGCAUGAGGCCAUGGAACGUCUGAAAAUGUUGGCAUUGCUCAAACGGAAGGAUUUGGCAAAUCUUGAGGUGUCUCAUGAGUUACCCACCAAACAGGAUGGCAGUGGUGUCAAGGGCUAUGAAGAGAAACUCAAUGGGAAUCUCAGGCCUCAUGGAGACAAUAGGAUUGCUGGAAGGCCCGGCAAAGAAAACAUCAAUGAUGAGCCUGUGGAUAUGAGUGCUAGACGGAGUGAGCCAGACCGAGGAAGGCUAACUCCCUCCCCAGACAUCAUUGUUUUAUCUGAUAAUGAGGCUUCCAGUCCCCGUUCCAGCUCCCGAAUGGAAGAAAGACUCAAAGCAGCCAACUUAGAGAUGUUUAAGGGGAAGGGCAUUGAGGAAAGGCAGCAGCUCAUCAAGCAGCUGAGGGAUGAGUUGCGAUUGGAAGAAGCUCGACUAGUGCUGUUAAAGAAACUGAGACAGAGUCAGCUACAGAAAGAGAACGUGGUUCAGAAGACUCCAAUUGUACAGAAUGCAGCGUCUAUUGUUCAGCCAUCUCCUGCCCAUGUUGGACAGCAGGGCCUAUCCAAGCUUCCCUCCCGGCCUGGGGCCCAGGGGGUUGAACCUCAGAAUUUAAGAACAUUACAGGGUCAUAGUGUCAUUCGUUCAGCAACCAAUACCACCCUCCCACACAUGUUGAUGUCUCAGCGUGUUAUUGCACCAAACCCAGCCCAGCUACAGGGUCAGCGCGGCCCGCCUAAGCCUGGCCUCGUACGCACCACAACACCCAAUAUAAACCCCGCCAUCAAUUACCAGCCGCAGUCAAGUUCUUCUGUUCCCUGUCAGCGCACAACAUCCUCUGCCAUCUAUAUGAAUCUUGCCUCCCAUAUCCAGCCAGGGACCGUGAACAGAGUGUCCUCACCACUUCCUAGCCCCAGCGCCAUGACUGAUGCUGCCAACUCACAGGCUGCAGCCAAAUUGGCUCUUCGUAAACAGCUGGAAAAGACACUCCUGGAGAUUCCACCCCCUAAACCUCCUGCUCCCUUGCUUCACUUUCUGCCUAGUGCAGCUAACAGCGAGUUCAUCUACAUGGUAGGCUUGGAAGAAGUCGUACAAAGUGUUAUCGACAGCCAAGGCAAAAGCUGUGCCUCACUUCUGCGGGUUGAACCCUUUGUUUGUGCCCAGUGCCGCACAGAUUUCACCCCUCACUGGAAGCAAGAGAAGAAUGGUAAGAUUCUAUGUGAGCAAUGUAUGACCUCCAACCAGAAGAAGGCUCUAAAAGCUGAACACACCAACCGGCUGAAAAACGCUUUUGUUAAAGCCCUACAACAGGAACAGGAAAUUGAACAGCGAUUACAGCAGCAGGCAGCCCUCUCCCCCACUACGGCUCCAGCUGUGUCCAGUGUCAGUAAACAAGAGACCAUAAUGAGACAUCAUACACUUCGGCAGGCUCCACAGCCCCAAAGCAGCCUCCAGCGUGGCAUACCCACAUCUGCCCGUUCCAUGCUUUCCAACUUUGCACAGGCACCCCAGCUGUCUGUGCCAGGGGGCCUCCUUGGUAUGCCAGGUGUCAACAUUGCAUACUUGAACACUGGCAUCGGAGGACACAAAGCCCCCAGUUUGGCAGACCGACAGCGGGAAUACCUUUUAGACAUGAUCCCUCCCCGGUCUAUAUCGCAAUCCAUUAGUGGACAGAAAUAACGCCUGUUCCACUUGUACUGCCCCAACCUUGAAUCCUUUACCCCUCUCCUCUCCCUUUGGCCCUAACUUCCGUCGCAUGCAGUGCCUGUACUGGUGCCUACCAUACACGGAAAACAAAACAGAAGACAAAAAAUAGAAAUCAGCAAGAAAACACAAGCCCUGCCCCACCACCUCCCCUUUAUUUCAUACUGCUGCGAUCUGUUCUUCUGCCGCUCUGUCUUCUCUCUUCAGUUUUCUUAUAACAGUGAGGUGAAUAUUCACCUCUGGUAGAAGUGAGAAUGAGGUCCUGGGGAGAAAUUUAAGCCCUCUGACGUGUGUUUCUAAAGUUUGUUUUUAUGCUAUAAUGAUAAUUACUAUUUUUAAUGAUGUUGUGUGUCCUCCCUUUGUUCAGUGGACGGUUAAACCUUUUUUAUUCCCCCAAUAUUUUUUUUUCUCUCUUUUUUUUUUUUGUCCUUUUUCCCCCCCCUUUUCUUUUUCUUUUUCUUUUUUUUUUUUUUUAAUAAACACAAAUGACAUUCAGUUAAAUAGUAGGCGCAUUGCAGUAGGGUCCCAGCUGCCAGGUAGAGCAUGGCCAGGAGUAUUAGGGCAGAGUCUUAUGCACUUAACCAGGGGAGAUGGUGGCAUCAACCAAGGAGAAACCGCACAUCCACUGUGGAGUCUCUGGAUUGGACAGUUCGGGAGGCAGCGUUAGUAUUUAAGUCGGGCUCUAAGCACGAGGGGGAAGAGCCUGGAGGGAGAAGCUUUAAAACUUAACCACCCUACAGUUGGCUCAGAGAAGGGGGAGAAGGGAGCAUGAUGAUGAGCAUAAUGUUGAGCCAAGGAAGACUGAUGCCAGGUCCUAGCCACCUGGAUGCUGGGGAUAAGAUUGGUCUCCUGAGCUUAGUGGAGUCGUGGAAGUCUAUUCCAGGCCAACUAGCCCAAAAUAAUAAUUUCAUCUUAUUUUCUUAUAAAAAUUGUCCUUAUCCCCCACUUUUUUUAUCCUAGUAACCACAGCCCCAUUUGUACUAUAGGGGAAUGGCUGUUCCCAGCCUGAGUUUAUUGGGUGACCUAGAGUUGGGAUGGGCAUGAAAUGAUAAAGGGAGGAAAUAGACUUAGAGGAAGGAAGAAGGGCUUUCUCUCCUGACAGUUGAGGUUCACAUUUGUCUGUCUUCACCCUCUGAGUGCCAGGAGGUGAGGGUGAGGGCACCUAAUCAAGUUGGAGUCUUGCCCUGACCCUGCUGCAUUGACUGCAGAGCCAACUGCUCAGAACCAGACCAUUCAUGUCCAAACCAGCUUUAGGCCUCUGCUAGAAAAUUAAUUGUUGCCACCCACCCCCCCGAAUUCUAUUCAUUGUGCCCCGCCCCCUUCCUUAAGUGCUACUAAUGUAGAAAAUGAAUUUAAUUGUGCAAUGUUGCUGUUCUGGGGAUUGGGGAGAUUAGUAUCCCAUUUAUUUAUACGGUGGGGACCCAGCUGUUUUUGAGGUAAGAGAAGUCCCAUAAAAGCGGGGUUUCUGCUCUCACAGUGUACACCCACCUGCCUCUCCAGCUCUAAAAGCUACCACAGUGCUGGAAAGGGAUACUCUCAGCAGAGAGGUGUGAAGAGUUGUUUAACAUUUUGCCCUUGAAAGCCACCUGGGGAAGUUCCCCCACUUUUAUUUUUUAAAAUUAAAUAAUUUUUUUAAAAUAAGAAGGCACUUUUAAAAUUAACACACACACAAACUGCACAUCUUCCCUAUAAAGUUUGGGGAUGGGAUGGGAGAAGGAGCUAGAAUUAGGCUCAGUUCUCCCCACUCUGGCCUCUAUUCCCCAUACUCCAGAGCCACUGUGGGUGAUUAUACUGGCCCUACAAGGCCUUCCUGGCUUUUUUCUUUCCUCCCUCCCCCCAAAUUCAUUGAGCACUUAAUAAAGGAGCAGAGCUACAGCCGAUGUCUGUGCUCCCCCAGUGGUGAAAUGAUCUGGAAGCUAGACACUAGUAACAGGUAGUGAUGGGGUUGUUUCAAGUAUUUUUCUGGGGAAUGUGUUACCCCAACUGUAAGUGGUGGGAGGGGGGUGUUAAUGGAACUGGGUGUGGUAUUAUUUUAAAAUUAUAUAUAUAUAUAUAUAAAGAUAUAUUCUUACAUCUCUUCUUUGCCCUCUGUGCUUUGAAAGCACUGGAUAAAUCGUUUGGUUUUGCUUUUCUGUCUUCCAUGAAAUUGGAAGCUUUUUUUAAAAAAAAAUAUUUUCCCUACAAGUCAUCUUGCCUUGUGGCAUGUCUGUCUAGCCCCUCCCCCGCCCCCCAUGAUGAAGUGCCAUUUCUGUUAUGUCUCCCCUCCCCCAGCUCAGAGGUGCUCAGAGGUACGAGGUGCCCAAGUUUGUCAGUUGAGAUUAAAAAUAAGAAACAGAGAAUGUGCAAUAUCGUUUGGCAUGGGUCUGUCCCUGCCCUGAACUGAGCCCCUUCCCUGGGAGCCAGGCCACCUUUGGAUGGUGUUUGGAAGUAAGAUGUGUAGAGAAAGGGGGACGAUGGGGAAGGAAAACCUAUAGUUGAGUGCCUGCCAAGGUGCUGAGGCAAUGGGAGAGAGGGUGGAGUCUUUCCUGUUUUUAUCCCCUCAGGGUCAGUUACAUAGAGGCUGCUUAUUCACUAGUAAAGCUCCAUGACCCUUUGCUCAAUCGCUGAGGUUUGAUUUCUUACCCUCUCUUCUCAUUUUCAUAUCCUUCCCAGGGAUUAGUGAUGGGGGUAAGGAUUCCCUAAAUCAUGGUAAAGUAUUAGCCUUCCACCUCCGUCCUUCCCUCCCCCCCCCCUGUCUUCCUCAUUUCUCUACUUUUUCAUCACUGAUUGCCUUGAGUCCCUCCAAGCCUAUUGUUGCUGUUCAUCAUCCGCAGGCCUUGGGCCCCAUAGACACUAAGCUAAAGAUAGGAGGAAAGACCCUCUAUUCAGAGUUAUCCUUUACCCCUGGAGCUCUGAAGCUCAGGGUAAUAUAGUGAGGAUCCCACUAGUUCUGCCUGGCUUUCUCCAACCCCAAAGCCUCUAAAAGUCGUAGUUUAUUGAUGGUGGCUUACUCCCUAGAAGCCGGAAACGGGUGGAUGAGUGGUAAGGCUUGGGUAAAGCUGAGGGACUGAGGUCCUUAUUUGUCUCUCUUUUAUUUUUCUUUUCUUUUCUUUUUUUUUCUUUUUUCUUUUUUCACUUGACCACAGCAUCUGGACUUCCUUCAUCCCUGGAAUAAGUAUUUUUUUCCACAUUUUUGUAUGUAUGUAUGGUAGACAUAUUUUUUUUAAAACAGAGAUGUGUUCCUGCUUUGGUUAUCUUUCCUUUCCCCUUUAAAAAUAAUUAGCUAUAGAACUGCUUUGUAAAGAUGCUUCUUGAUAUUUUACUUUUGUUCCUUUCCCCCCUCCACUCCCUUUUCUCCCCAUUCCUCCAGAAGGCAUAACCCUUCUCUCCACCCCACCCCCACCCCAGUCCUAGGCUCCCUUCCCCUCCAACAAAACCUUCAUUAGCUUAUGAUAUUUGCUGCCGAGAUGUUAUAACAAGGACUCAUUCGUGUAUAUAAGCUAUUUCUUGAUUCAUUUAAAAGGAAUUGUACAUUGUGUAGAAAAAAAAAAGCUGAAAAAGAGAAAAAAAAGCCCUAGCCAUGGAUAUUGUGAAACCGUGUUAUGUCAUUUUGUAAUGUGCCCGUUUGUGUAUGAUCCGUGCAAAAGGGUUUCUGGGGCAGGGGAGGAGGGAGGGGGCAGGGCUGGGGAGAGCGGUCGGAGAGUGGGCCGGGCCCAGCACACAGACUGGCAGCUGCUCCCACCCCGUCCCUCCUCAGAGAAGCCCCCCCCACCACCCACCCCGCAUUUGUGCCUUGCCUCCCCACCCUGGAGCAUUCCCUCCGGGUCACCAGCACUGCCUCGCAGAGCCCACUCCCUACCCUAACCUGCCCGCCCUCUCUACCCCCCAGCAUUAGGGUGACACUGUGGGGAAGUGCUGGGGUUGGAAGGUAGCUGAGGAAUGGGGCAGUUCCUGGGGGCAUUGAAACCAAGUAUUAUGAAUUGUAAUUGUAUUUGCACUGUUUUUUUCCCCCCUCUUACUGCAUCAGCAUAUAUACAAUAUACCUAUAUAACAAAAUUUAGUGUCAAGCUUUCUUAUGCAAGGGAUUUCCCCUACCUCACCCCCCCCCCC